ACACACUCCGAUGCCAAAGACAGGGUCGAUUUAAACAGUAAAAACAAACAGUUUGGGACCAAUAUCAUGGAGGCCACAGGGUUCUGUGGAAUGGAGGUGGCGACUCGGGGGCUAGUGGGGGGAUCUGGCAGCAGCUCCCCUCCAGAGCUGGACAGCCCAGGUAGCCAGGAGCACCUGGGGCUGUUUGAGCUGGUCAGUAGUUGCUGCAGUGAGGAGGUGAGAGGGGAGACUCCAGGGAGAGAGGACUGCCCCCUGGACCCCAACAAUGCUGAGCUGGACCCAGGCGGUGGUGGUGGCAAGAUCAAGGACCAAAAGGGAUUGGGAAAAGAGGUUCUCCUACUGAUGCAAGCCCUGACCACACUAGCCUCCCCAGAGGAGAAGCUGGCCGCUUUGUGCAAGAAGUAUGCUGAUUCGCUGGAGGAGAGCCGCAGUAUACAGAAGCAGGUGAAGGUGCUGCAGAAGAAGCAGUCCCAGAUGGUCAAAGAGAAGAUCCACCUGCAGAGUGAACACAGCAAGGCCAUCCUGGCACGCAGCAAGCUGGAGAGCCUCUGUAGGGAACUGCAGAGACACAACAAAACCCUCAAGGAUGACAACACGCAACGGUCCAGAGAGUAUGAGGAGCGUCGGAAGGAGGCCACCCUUCACUUCCAGAUGACGCUGAACCAGAUCGAGGUACAGAUGGAACAGCACAACUCUCACAACUCCAAGCUGCGCCAGGAGAACAUGGAGCUGGCACAGAAACUCAAGAAACUCAUCAAACAGUACGAGCUCAGGGAGGAGCACAUUGACAAGGUGUUCAAGCACAAGGAGAAGCAGCAGCAGUUGGUGGAUGCCAAGCUCCAGAGGACAGCUGAGCUGAUGAGAGAGUUGGAGGGGAAGCAGCAGAGAGAGAGAGACUUUCUCCUGAAAGACGCCACCGAGUGGAGACAUGAGUGUGAGCUGUUGAAGGAACAGGAGACUCAGCUCAAACAGCAGCUCUCUUUGUACAUGGACAAGUUUGAGGAGUUUCAGACCACUCUGGCGAAAAGCAACGAGGUGUUCACUACCUUCAGACAGGAGAUGGAGAAGAUGACCAAGAAGAUCAAGAAGCUGGAGAAGGAGACGACUCUGUGGAGAACGAAGUGGGAGACCAACAACCAGGCUCUGCUACAGAUGGCUGAGGAGAAGACACUGCGGGACAACCAUUACAAGGGCCUGCAUGGGAAGCUGGAGUGCCUGGAGAAACUGUGCCGGGCUUUGCAGAAGGAGAGGGACGACCUAACCACCAAACUGGGAGACCUACAGUCAACAACCGAGGAGGAGACGGGACCUCCAGACCCCCAGCCCAGCCAGGAGUCUACCCAGGAUGAGAUGUCUCCGCCUGGGAGGGGGGAAGAGACGCAGCCCCCUACUACCCCUGAACUGGAGCUAGAGUCCUCCACCACAGAGCAACUUGACAACUGAGCCACUAACCCCCGCUGCCUUUUUGGGGGUAUAUUUGAAUACAGUAUAUCUUUUUUUGUGUGUUUAAAGUUAUAAUUAAGAUUAAAAUGACUGCAUUAUUAACAAUGAAUAUAAUACUUUUUGCCCUGACUGUACAUUGUAAAAAUGGGCUUGGUGGUGAGCACUAGGCUCCCCAUUUUUCUACCACAUUUGUAUUUUCUUAGAUUGUCUUCAUGCUGUUGGUCAGUCACAGGGCUGUUGUUCAGUCACAGGGCUGUUGUUCAGCAGCUUUCUCGUGGUCAGUCACAGGGCUGUUGUUCAGCAGCUUUCUCGUGGUCAGUCACAGGGCUGUUGUUCAGCAGCUUUCUCGUGGUCAGUCACAGGGCUGUUGUUCAGCAGCUUUCUCGUGGUCAGUCACAGGACUGUUGUUCAGCAGCUUUCUCGUGGUCAGUCACAGGGCUGUUGUUCAGCAGCUUUCUCGUGGUCAGUCACAGGGCUGUUGUUCAGCAGCUUUCUCGUGGUCAGUCACAGGACUGUUGUUCAGCAGCUUUCUCGUGGUCAGUCACAGGGCUGUUGUUCAGCAGCUUUCUCGUGGUCAGUCACAGGGCUGUUGUUCAGCAGCUUUCUAGUUGGACUAAAAUUAUACUUUGUCUUUCCCAAUUUCCUCUACAGUCUGACACCGUCUCUUUGCAGCUUUCUUCCAUUGAAAAAUCUAUAUUUUGGAGCUGUGGAGUUGUAGUCAGAUCAAAUCUCUUAAGUGUUCAGAUUAAAUCUUUUGAACUGAUAUUGUAGUGGGAUUUUAAAUUCUAUCAUAUGCAUAUUGCUAUAUUGAAGUAGCCUUGUUGCAUCGUCGUGACUAACUGAAUCUGGUCUAGGAACAGAAAUAGCAGGGCAUUGUACAGUAGAAGAGUUGCAGACAUACAAUGUUUAUCUCAGACCAGGGUCCAUAGAUUUACUAGAAUGGGAAUUCCCAUUCAAGUCAAUGUGACAUGUAUUUCUAUGGCUGGGCCGUCAUGAUGGAAUCGACUGGCUUUCUAAUACCUCAGCGCUGGUGUUUAGUUUCAGUCAAGUCUCCUUUUUGAAGCAGCUGGGAAUUGAAAAGGAACUUCCCUGUCCUUUUAACAUAAGACUGAGUCUAAAGGGUUAAAUCCGUUCAGCUUUGACCAAGAUGCUAUCCAGUCAACAGACAGCACGUUCAGUCAUUGUAGGUUCCCAGUUUCUGCAGGAGGACCCCUGGUUCUGAUGCUGCUGUACCUACAGGCUUGUAAUCCCAGUAGCCUGCCCCCAGAUCUGUGUGCUGUCUGGUCCAACUUGACAAAGAGCACAAUAGACCUGGAACCAGGCUAUCAUUCCAAUACUCCAAGGGCCAAACUGUUCUCCAGCUCUCCUUAAAACUGAUACCUCCCACAUGGAGAGAAUUCGGUUCAAUUUACCCAAUGUUAAGGGCUCACUGGGUCAUUUACCCAAUGGUUAAGGGCUCACAAUGUAAUUUUACCUCUGUGUGAUCAUUUGGUUGGAGAAGUCAGUGAGGUACUUUACUGCAGACACUGUGGGCCUUCAGGAACUGAUUCUGCUUGGUAACUUAGGGUUGUGUUCCAGACCAGUGAACAUACAUUUAUAUGGGACGUAAUGUUUCUUGGGCUCCAAAUAGGCUUCUUUCUAUUCCUUAUGCCGGUGUUUUGUUGAGACAAAUUGGUUUUAUUUCUGGAAGCAAAAAAAAGAUGACUGAACAAAAAAUACAUGGAUUUAUAAGGUGCCUUGUCAUCUUAAAUACUUUAAAACAUGUGAUUUGCUUUUUUUUUUUUUUAAACAAACGCCUAUGAAUGAAAUGUAAUGUUUGAAUUACAACACGAUGCGAACAUUCAAUAAGAACUUAUUUGGCAUUGGAGAUACUUGCCAACAAUGUGAAAAUGUUUGGAGUACUGAAUGUAGAUAAAUGUCACCCAUCUCUUGUAAUGAGAAUGAUGGUGGUUUUGGGCCCCAGGUCAGGCUUGUGUUCAUUAGGCAUCAAACAAAUUGAAACUGGGUUCAAUAACUUAAACCCUUGAUCGGAUGAGUGCCCUAAUAAACACUACCCAGGUUCCCCUACUGGCCCAAUCACCCUGUCAUCUACCUAGAAACCUCACUGAUAUCACCAGCUCCCACUUUUACAUUGUCUUUGAACUUGGUAUAUGUCAUAAGGAUUUAAUUCAGAGCACAGCCCCUGAAGUUCUAAAUGUGAAGAUGGGUCCAAGCCAUGGUUUGGGGAUACUGUAGCUUAAAUCAAGUUCAAUACUUUACUGUGUAGGUAAAUGUAAAGAUGACGCUAUAGAUGUGGUCCAGGCCAGUUGGAUGUAGCCUGAGUCCAUCUGCUUGGGCUAUUAUGCCAACUCAGUGUCAUGCUUGACUGACAGCAAUGAAGACGGCAAAAAGCACAAACAGACUGGCACUCAGGCUAUUGUGGAUGCCAGUUAAACUCAGGUUAUGUAAAGACAUCUACCUCUGCAGGUGAGAAGAACUGUGAAAGCAGAGCUAGUUAAUGUUCAGAAAGCUUUGAGUCCACAUUCCCCUUUAUAAGAUUGUGAAAUGUUCUUAUAGUCCCGUCUCUCGCUUUUCAAUAAACUAUUUUGUAGAAUUUCAAA